AUAAACGACGCAGAGAAUUCGCGCCUUUUUUGCGAUUCCCAAAAGCGCACCAAGCGGCGAACGAUUCUUUUUUUUGAUUGGUGAAGCAUCCGACUGGUGAUAGUGAGUUUUCCCGCCAGUGAUAAUUCAAACUUGGGGCCUCCCUAAAACAGGUUGGGAAUAUUUGACAGUGAUGUCCUUUCAGCAGGAGUGAUUCUAACUCGUUUUUCCAUGCAAAACAGUGGGAGCUUAAGUAUUGUUUGGGUAAAAAUCAGUCUUGCCAAGUGUAUAUAUCAAUUUCAUGACAAGAUUAUGAAAAAACUGAUGAAAUGCCCACAGCUGAUCUCCGCUACAGUUCUCUCGAAUGUAGAACUGAUGUGGUAUGUUUUCAGUACCGUGAAAACGUUAUUCGCUACGUUAUAAGCGGAAUGAAUAUGCAUUAGGAUCCUUGAUCAUUUAUUGUUUUACUUCGUUGUAAAUAAUGAGCAUAAGGUAGCUUAAUACGUUACUGUUCUAUAAAUAAGUAUAGUACUUGACGAAUCUCAUAGAGGUGUACGCAGACUUCGGCGUCGGGAUCGGCAACCGCACAUGCAAGAGUACAGACUUUCGUGUGCAAGAGUUCAUGUGCCUGUAUUCUGUAACAGCGCUAAAUGAGUACACAUCCAAAUGCCCGGUUGUGUAUCUAUUUAAAUCACGGUAUAUUAUACCCAUCUAGAUCCUAUUUUCAUACAUGUAUAAUUCUUCAGGUACAAUGUGACUCUCGGUCGAGACACGAUCAGUAUGUAUAAAAGUUAUUCCUUGGAGAUUAUUCAUCAUAGUCUACUAUAGGUAUAUUUAGAAAUAAUGGCGGAACUACAAGAUGUCUUUCCGACGAUUGUGCGACUGCAAAAGGCCGACGAUACAACGGCGUUCUUGAGAGCAGCACGUUCUGGUAAUUUGGAAAAAGUCGUAGAAUACCUCGAUACGGAGCUGGAAAUCAACACGGCUAAUUCGAAUGGAUUGAACGCCCUGCACCUGGCAUCGAAGGACGGGCACGUGGAGAUUGUGACCGAACUUUUGAAACGAGGGGCUCGUGUCGACGCUGCGACGAAAAAGGGCAAUACCGCCCUGCAUAUAGCUUCGUUAGCGGGACAAGCGGAAAUAGUAAAUAUCCUUUUAAAAUAUGGAUCCACUGUGAACAUCCAAUCGCAGAAUGGAUUCACGCCACUCUACAUGGCGGCUCAAGAAAAUCACGAUCAAGUGGUUAAAAUCUUACUCUGCAACGGGGCUAAUCAGAGUUUGGCCACCGAGGAUGGUUUCACACCACUGGCGGUAGCGAUGCAGCAAGGUCAUGACAAGGUCGUCAGUGUUUUAUUGGAGAAUGAUUCGAAGGGCAAGGUCCGGCUACCGGCUCUUCACAUAGCAGCUAAAAAAGACGACUGUAAGGCAGCGGAUUUGUUGUUGCAAAACGAUCACAAGCCCGAUGUCACUUCGAAGAGUGGUUUUACGCCCCUCCACAUCGCUGCACAUUAUGGGAACGAGGAGAUCGCACGGUUGUUGAUAAAAAGAGGAGCGGAUGUAAAUUACUUGGCGAAGCACAACAUCAGUCCGCUUCACGUAGCGGCAAAAUGGGGGAAGAACAAUAUGGUGAAAAUCCUUUUGGAAAAUUCGGCUACGAUAGAUUCGAAGACCCGCGAUGGGCUAACUCCGUUGCACUGCGCGGCAAGAUCGGGGCAUGACCAAGUCGUCGCCGCCCUGUUGGAAAAUUCAGCGCCCAUUAGCGCAAGAACGAAGAAUGGCCUGGCGCCGCUUCACAUGGCUUCUCAAGGUGACCAUGUGGACGCUGCGAGGGUGCUGUUGUAUCAUCGAGCACCGGUGGACGAGGUGACCAUCGACUACUUGACGUCCCUUCACGUGGCAGCGCACUGCGGCCACGUGCGAGUAGCUAAACUGUUACUGGAUCGAAAAGCUGAUCCGAACGCUCGUGCGUUGAACGGAUUCACCCCGCUUCAUAUAGCCUGUAAAAAAAACCGCAUAAAGGUCGUUGAACUUCUCAUCAAACACGGAGCCUCGAUCGAAUCGACUACCGAGUCCGGGUUAACACCUUUACACGUCGCCAGUUUUAUGGGGUGUAUGAAUAUCGUGAUAUUCCUACUGCAGCACGAGGCAAAUCCCGAUGUACCUACCGUGCGGGGUGAAACUCCGCUCCAUCUCGCUGCCAGGGCUAACCAGACCGACAUUAUAAGAAUAUUGCUGCGAAACGGGGCUAAGGUCGACGCCCGUGCCAGGGAACAGCAAACACCUCUGCACGUGGCGUCUAGACUGGGAAACGUGGAUAUCGUGAUGCUUCUCCUCCAGCACGGAGCGGCGGUGGACACGACGACCAAAGACAUGUACACGGCUCUGCACAUAGCGGCAAAGGAGGGGCAGGAGGAGGUCGCUGCGAUUCUCGUUGAAAAUCACGCGUCGUUGAAAGCCACGACGAAGAACGGGUUCACACCGUUACACAUAGCUGCCAAGUAUGGCAAUAUCAAUGUGGCGAGAAUUCUUCUUCAGAAGGACAACGCGCUCGAUGCGGGCGGAAAGAACGAGAUAACUGCCCUCCACAUGGCUUGUCACUACGACCAUCCGGGUGUGGCUGGUCUUCUUCUGGAAAGAGGGGCUUCUCCGCGAGUCACCUCACAAAAUGGGCAUACACCCCUGCACAUUGCGGCGCGCAAAAAUCAGAUGGAGAUCGCCUCGAACUUGCUCGAACACGGGGCGGACGCGAACGCCGAAUCCAAAGCUGGAUUCACCCCGCUUCAUUUGAGUGCUCAAAAAGGGCACCACGAUAUGACAAAUCUUCUGGUCGAACACGGCGCCAAGCCGAAUCACAAGGCCAAGAACGGACUGACUGCUCUGCACUUGUGCGCUCAAGAAGACUCCGUAAGGGUUGCCUCGAUACUAAGGAAAAACGGAGCGGACGUUGAAUGUUGCACGGAGACGGGUUACAGGCCUAUACACAUAGCCGCGCAUUUCGGCAAUCCGUCCAUGGUCAGAUUUCUGUUGAAACAAAACGCAGAAGUCGACGUUAAAACCAAUCAAGAUUACACGCCCUUGCACCAGGCGGCUCAACAAGGACACGCUCACGUUGCCUCCGCGCUUCUCGAUGGAAAUGCUUCGCACAAAGCUCGCACAAAUGAUGGUCUGACGGCCCUCAACAUCGCCCAAAAACUCGGCUAUAUAUCCGUUAUGGAAGUUUUGAAGGGGUUGUCGUACGACAAUCUAGCUCCGUGCAACAAGAAUUGGGAAGAAAAGUACAAGGUUGUGGCACCCGAGAGUCUGCAGGAAGCAAGUUUCAUGUCCGACUCAGACGACGAAGGAGGUUCGGAUACUCUGAUAAGCGAACAGCCGUAUCGUUACUUGACCGCGGAUCUGAUGAAAAGUCUUCGCGACGAUUCUUUGCCUAUAGAUGUAACGAGAGAUGAUCCGAUACACAGACAAGUUUCGAAGGAAGAUAGGCAAGAAUUUGUACAGAGUAACAAUUACUGUUUGGCUGAAAACUUCGAGAUGCACGACAGCACCACUUUCGGGAGGCUGCAUCCAAGAUCAUUUUUGGUGAGUUUUUUAGUCGACGCCCGCGGAGCGACGAUGAAAGGAUGCAGGCACAGCGGUAUUCGGAUCAUUGUGCCACCGCGUAGGGCGACGAUGCCCAUAAGAGUUACGUGCAGAUUGUUGAAAGCUACCAAAACUACGAAUCCUCCGCCUCUGAUGGAAGGCGAAGCGCUCGCCACACGCAUAGUCGAAAUGGGUCCAGUCGGUGCUACUUUUCUGGGGCCGGUAUUGAUCGACGUACCUCACUUCGCAUCCGCCCGCGGUAAGGAAAGGGAGAUAAUAAUCCUUCGAAGCGAGAACGGGGAGAGUUGGAAGGAACACGACAACGCUGCGGAUAACGACGAUACAUUAGUCAGCACACCGCACGGUAAUAUUAUCGGCGAUAAUAUCGCGGCUGAAAAAUCUCAGGGAUUCCCUUCCCCGUUUCUAGAUCCUCAAAUGAGCGCUUCAUAUUCGGGAAGGAUAACCCGCGUCAUGACGACGGACUUUCCGCAAUACUUCGCGAUAAUAACGCGGAUAAAGCAAGAAGUUCACGUGAUCGGUUCGGAGGGCGGAAUUCUCAUAUCAAGCGUGGUGAAUCACGUGCAAGCAGUUUUUCCGCCCGGUGCUUUGACUAAAAAAAUCAAAGUCGGUCUGCAGGCACAUGUUAUACCGUACGAGUUGACCGCAAAGCUGCUGGGAAAUUGUGUGGCAGUUUCUCCCGUGAUCACGAUCGAACCCAGGAGACGAAAAUUCCACAAGCCGAUAACUUUGACGAUUCCCGUGCCGCAGGCUGCCAAUAAGGGAAUGAUCAAUCAGUACGGCGGAGACACGCCGACUUUACGUUUGCUGUGCAGCAUCGCUGGUGGUACCAGCGAAGCGCAGUGGGAGGAUGUGACGGGAUCCACACCGUUGACGUUCAUGAACGAUCGCGUCUCUUUCACAACGACCGUUUCAGCGAGGUUCUGGCUUAUGGAUUGUCGAAAUAUCGGCGAAGUCCCGAAAAUGGCAACUGAACUGUACAGGGAGUCACUUUUUGUACCGUUCGUCACCAACUUCGUAAUUUAUUCAAAACGAAUGGAUAUCAUCGAGGCGACCCUGCGAAUACUUUGCAUGACCGACGGUAAGGAAGGGCUGCAUACUUUGGAGCGACAGGAGGAGUUCGUAGAGAUUGUUAAAAGUCGGGACGUUGAGGCACUCGAUGGCAAAGAUUUGUACAUAGAGUUCAGUGGAAAUUUGACUCCCGUCACCAAAUCUGGGGUCCAAUUGAAAUUCACUUUCAAGGCCUUUCGUCAAAACCGACUCUCCUUCCACGCUAAAGUUAAGGACCCUCUGCUCGACCCCGUGGCGAGAAUGUUGUUCAUGCGUGAGCCAAAGGUCGCCAAGGGUGAGCCCUCGCAGCAGCCCGUUUGUAUAUUGAACAUCGUACUGCCGGAGCCAGUUGGAAAAGAACAAAUUCAAGGGAAGCUCGACAACGAAAGUGACUUUGAGGAUUCGAACAUCAUCAGCCAGAAGAUAGACUCGUACGCGUCCAAGUACGACACGGAAGGCAAAGAGAAGUCCGACGAUCCAAAGAUGGUCGUCGUCUCACCGUUGACGGAACGCAAAUCUUUCGUUGGCGCACGUCGCAGAAGUCGAGGAGAUGCCGCCAAUAUCCAAGAAUCCUUUGCUCAAAACGCGGCUUGCCCUCUAGAAAUCGUAGAUGCUAGUUAUCCCCAUAAAAUAGAUGCUGGAAAAAUAGAUCACCACGGAGACGACUCUCCCGAUGUUAUCGAGAAGAAAACUUACUCGGAGAAACGGAAAUUCUGGGAGGAAAUCGGCAGAAGAAGAGACGCGAACAGUAUGGAUCAAUCCGAGUCGGAAGUAUCUCGAGGCUCCUGCCCCUUGACGGGAACGGACACCGACGGGGAAUUGACCGCGCGAAGCAGCAUGAUUUCCGAGAUGGAGGGUGAGGUGGAGGUGGAGGUGGAGGGGGAUCAAGGCACGGAUCAGAGAAGGACCGAGGUGGAGGAACCUCCCGUCGAUGUGCUGGAUAUCUCUGAGUGCUCCGUAGCCGAGAAGGCUCAUUAUUUCGAAGAACAAAUUCAGAAAGAGUCAACGGUCGCCGCGAUUGCCACUAGUAAAAUUAUCGCGACGACCAGUUCCAGGGUGAAAAGUAUCAACUACGAAUCGGAACCGGGUGACGAGGUGGCGAUUAAAACCAAAGUCUCGAGUACGGUGGAAUCGACGGCAGUUGAUCAAUCCGCACCACCGAAUCACGAGGCAGAUCACAGAAGGCAGGCCCCCGACAUUUUAUCGAUUUCGAUCAUUGAUGUCUGCAACAAUAUGCUCGAGGAGGAGAAAAAACGAGGGUACGCAGUUAGCGGCGAAGAGGAUAAAGCGACACUGUUCGGAACGAUUCCGGGUGACGAAGAAUCGGUAAUGCCGACGCUCGUGAGGACUGAAACCGAGAAAUCUCGCGAUGGGGAUGGAAGUAAGUCAGAACCGGAAGAAGCGAAGUUCAUCGAAGCUCCGAUACCCGAGGUAUCCCUCCGAAAAAAUCAACAAGGGGUUGGGUUGGACUCGCGCGUCGGUACAGAGUCGAGAAUCGAGGAGAAAGAAACGGCAGAGGCGGAUGCAAAAGAGUUGGCGAGUCAUGAGAAUUUGUCGACGGACGAUGGGUCCGUGAAAUUUUCCAGCUCGAAGAAAGAGGAGGUGGGAAUCGCGUCGGAUAUUAGAGCCGAAAUCGAUGUAUGUCGCGACUUUUUGGAAUGCGAAAUCAAGACUGCUCGUGACUCGACAUCUCUUCAAACCGACGAAACGAUUCAGCCGACGAAAGUCACCGCGAUAAGAAAAGAAUUCGAGUCUAGAAUCCCGAAGCAUGUCGGGGCGGUUAAGAUUGAGAAAGAGCCGGUGGUCGCGAAGCCGAGGGAAGCCACCGCGAGUAGAAUACCCGUCACGACGAGCGAGUCGAAAAUUCCGGCGGUGGUCAAGGACCAAGAAGCGAAAGUUAAGACUCGAGGAGAUCUCACCGCGAAUAUCGCUAAGGGAAAGGAUCCUACCGAAUCGCGAAUUCCAAAACGCAUAUCGGAGGCAGCCGCAAAACUGGAAACGGGCGAUCACGGUAUCCGGAACCAAGAUGAGCUUGUCCAACAGUUGACGCAAUCUCUCGGACCGGUUAGGGGGGGUAAUGCCGACGGAGAAAGGGCAUCUAGAUUCGGUUGGGCGUCAGGGGGGGGCGUAAGGGAGAACGAAGAAUCUCGUGGGACAACGGAAUCGGUGAGAACUGAAAAAAAAUCCAGCUCCGUCUCGGUACGAAAAUCUACGGAGGAGAGAUCGGAAUUCAAUGAAAACGCCUUCGGGGCAUCCGGGAGCACAUCGGAGAACAAUGGGGCGGGUUUUGUGUCCACCGUUAAGUCAACCGUCGAUCAUCGAGUAUCAGCGAAGACCGAGGAAACGGAGGUCGUUUCUUCGGAAAUCAUCACCGCCGAGGGGAAGACCGUGGUCGCGGUUGCGGAAAGGGAGCAAUCGAAUGAGAUAAAGAGUGCAACCAAGGAACGCACAUUAGUGGAAGAGUCGUCGACGCAAAGAGUCGAGGAAAGAGAAUCCGACAAGUGUGAAUUGGAAACGAAAUCGGAACGAGAAACGUCCGUAACGUUGCUGGACGACUGCAAGGUCUUCGUAGCCGAAGGAAAAGCCUGCGAAACGGUCAUCGAUAGUACGGAACGGGUCACGCGCAAACUUUUCGAAGACGAACACGGGUCCACCGCCGACGACGAAAUAAUAAAAACCGGGGGAGGCACCGUCGCUUCCGCGAGUGUUGACAUUCGAGGCGAUUUGUCGAUGGCCGAGGGUGAGCCGAGGUCCGGAAUUUUCCAAGCGUCCUACGAGGCUCGGUGUCGUUCCGAUGAGGUGAAUCCGGCGAAUGAGGAAGACGACGUAUCGGCGAAGGAGUUCGAGGCUCGCAACAUAGCGGAGACGAUCAUUCAAUCGAUCCAAACUGAGAUUGAAAAUAGAUCGAUGAGUGCCGACGGUAUUCUAGGUGGUGACGUCCCUGCGCGUAGAAUGAAACGUGACGAGAGUGAGGAAUACCGCGACGUCUCCGACCAACAAUUAAUCGAGUCCGAGAAGUUGGCGGACCGGAUUUUCGAAGGUGAGACAAAACGAGAGAGCAUCAGUAUUACCGAAGACUUGACCAGGGACGAAGAGUCAUCCUCGAUGAUAUCCCGUGACAGAGAGGGCAGCCUACCGUUCGAAACCUCGAGCGCAAGGAUGUCGCACGAACGAGACAUGACCGUUAGCCCGAGUACCGCGUCGGAUCACACCGAGAUGGAGGAUUUCGUGGAGGGCGAGUUCAAUGAAUCGAGUGACACCCGAAAACCGAGCGUACCUGCGGAUCGGUCGGCAGAAAUAACGCAAGACCAGAACCGGGAGCAAAAAAUCCCACCCAUCCAACGUAAAGAGGAGUGUGCCGUCGUACUCGAGCGAAAGAAAUCCUUCGAUGAAAUGGUGCGCGAGGAAAGGGGAGCUGGUCCAACAUCGGGCGCCAGGGUGUUGGAGAUUAUCGAACCCGAUGCGGGUGGAUCGGAUGAUUCGACUGGGUGGAACCCGGACGACAGAAAGGCGAAUCAAGAGGCGAAGGAACAGCUCGUCAAACUUUACCCGGAUAGGGACAUCACCGUUAGUCCGAGCACAGCUUCCGAACGGACCGACUCGAUCGACGACUCGGUACUGGGCGAGAACGCGAGAAACGUCUAUGAAAUGUCGGUCGAAUGUAAGAAGCCGGACGAAUACAGCUUCGAGGUGGAUAGUUCGCCGUUGUUUUCGCCGAAGGCCAAAAUACAGAGCCUAGAGAUAAAACCAGUGGAUUGGAUGAUCGGGGAUGAGAAGAUUGAAAUAUCUGAGCCGCUGCAGCCUUCGCAGGUCUUCAAUCAAGAACUGGAAGAAUACGAAUCGGUAGUCAAACAAUUGAGGAUGGAAGGGGCGAUCGGAGAAGAAGUGACUCCGCCUAUUGCUCAGGAGCCAAGUCUCAGGUCUAAAUUCACGGUGAUUCCGGUGAGCGACAAGCAAUUGGAGAGCGAAUUGGUUGAAAAUAACUUGGACGUCAGUUGCCAGGAAUUGAUGGAUACCUUACAAAAAGAAUUCGAUGCCAAAACUCCGACUGACAAUUUUUUAUCCGAGACGGUUAGACACGGUUCAUGGACAGAAAAUGUGGCGCAACCCGAACCGGUGCACAGUGCUCAGGAUCCGGAUCCGCGACGACAACUUACUGAAAAAGAAGAUGAAUCGCCCAUUGAAACGGACGCGAUCGCGACUGGCAACGAAAACGCAAGCGGGGACGUCGGCGAACACUUCGAUAAACAAAGGACCGAAGUGCCGGUGAACGAAGUCGAAAGAUCGAUCGGCGAGAAGGACGUUAUUCGCGAUAACAUUGAGCCAAUAAAGCGUGAGGUUUUGGAAAUCAGCCCGGCGAGCACAGAGGACGAAGGGACACCCAAUCGUCAGCGCAGGUUCGAUCGUCAAAAGUCUCAUCACGAUGCGGGCGUGAAUUCUAGCGGGGUGCGGGCCAAAAAAGAAGCGGACAUGGGAAGUCUGGAUCUCAGCUCAAGAUACGCGAUUACGGUACUUGAUCAGGUUGUAAAAAAAGAAAUCGCAGAGGUGAAAGAGUCUCUGGAGGCGGCAAAGCAGGAUCUCAUCGAAGAGCUGAGUGCAGAAAACUGUGAAACCGUUUUUCAAAUAAAAGACUCACCCUCGGAGUUCCAAUUCAAAUUGCAGCCGGAAUCUAUACCGAACGAGUUGCCUUUCCUCUACAAGGCACCUCCGGUCAUUGAACCUCUGGACCGAAGCACAGCCUCACCCGUCGCGAAGCCUCGCAGUACUUGCGAAGAUCAAUCCAAGUUAGAGAACGACGAGAAUCUCGGAUUGGAGAGUGAUAAAUUCGAUGACAACGCCGAGCACGCCGACGAGGAAAAUCUAACCCAGAGAUCUGGUGGGACACCGGAAAAAAUCCCGAAAGAAGUUUCUCCCAAGACGCGUGGAAUGCCCCCCGCGAAUCUUGCCGACGAUAGCGAAAAUCCAUCGGCGAUGGAUGGCCACGUCCUCACCUCUGUCCCGGUCCCCGUACCAGCCAGCAGAUCUACUUCCGAUGUCGAGAAUAAGGAAGACGCGUUUCUGAUGUGCCCUCCUCAGCCGGCCCCACGAAAACGUCACAAGCCCGCGAGGGCGUCGAAAAAAAUGAAAUCGGACAGUGAGAAUGACCUCGGUUCCAGUUCCGGGGAAAGUAAUUAUCAGUCGUGUGACUACGAAAUCGGAAGUGGCAGCCGGCCCAGUUCGUCGGAUAUCGAGGCGAUGCAGUCCGGCAUGCCCUCGGGUACCGUGUCAGAGUACGAGACAGCUCUCAUGUCUAUGGAAAAUUCGUCAGCGUCGAGGCCGACUUCCCAGGAUUAUCACACGGCGAUAAGUUCGUUGAGCUCGAGGGAGUCUAUAAAAUCACUCAACUCGGAGAGUUCCGGGCAUUUGGCGAGCAUCGAAAGUUCCAGCGAACUCUCCGAAACUCUGGUGCCCUCGGAGGGUGACGUGGAACGAGAUAAUUUGGAUGAAAGCGCGGAUCACAUCCUCGACGAUGAAGUCAUCUGCGGCGUCGACGCGUCACGCGUCACCGGGAUGUUUUAUCCCCUCGACGACGGCGAUCUGUCGCCCCGUGAAUCCGUCGGUGCCGCUGUGAGCGAUCCCGAGGAGCCGGGUAUCGGCUCGGCGGUACCCUCUCGCAUGAAAAGAUCCUCCGAAAUGAUAUUCCAGCAAAUCGAAGGCUCCUCCGUCGACGAGGCUGAACCCGUUUCCAAGGAAGCGGAGGUCGACGGCGCAACGGAAGAACUAUUGACCGCGGGGAGCAAGUGCACCGACAAUACAACGUGGACGAUAGCAGCGGAAGGCGAGGCGGAACUCGGACGCGCUCAGGUGCAAUCGGUAGAUCUGACGACCUCCCGCGUCGACGAGGGAGGAGUCCAGAGCGUUUGCACCCAAGUCACUUCGCGAGAACACAGUUCCGGAAGGAGCGUCGAGGGAGUCGCGGCCGAGGCACCGAAGUGUCAGGUAAUUACGGCCGUUCACGCGGACGAGUACGCCGAGUCCGAUCAACGCCCGGACUUGACGUCUAUUCAACAAACGAGCAUGUCUACCUCGUCAACGUCCGGAAUGUCGUUGGAAACGGUGGUAGACAACAAAGAGGGCAAGCAAGACAGGCGAUCUCCGGACAGCGAUUCCUUCGAGCUGGUCGACAAGCCCGAUAUAAUAGACGACUUCGUCGUCAUCGAAGAGGUGGGCAGAGAGGCGGAGGAGUUCGACUCGGAGGGCAAAAGCAUCCACAUAAACAGCGGCGGGAUAUCGUGCGCCGUGGCGAAGAACUACGACCGUGAGGUGGAGAACUUGAUUUCCAGCAGCAAGGAGGAGGGUCGGGUGCACUCGCGGAGUCUGAACGCGCAACGAAACAGCGAUUUGUUCGACUUUGACUCGGAGGAGAGUCCGCCGCAGGUAUCGAACGAGGAACAACUGUACACCCAGUCGUACUCCGACGAGGAACAGUACGAAGGUGGCAAAAAGUGGGUGGAGAUGCAGUUCCAAACGGACGCACGCGGUUACGAAAUCGACUACGACCGUGGCCCCCUCGAGGAUAUCAAAGAAGAGGAGAUCACCGACUUCGAGGCUGGCAGCAGCCGAUUCGGAAGUCUCGGGAGUCACAAGGAGUCGGUCGGCAGCAUCGGCAGCACGAGAGGGAGUCUCGGCAGUACGCCCGAAUACGACGUGCUGGCUGGCAGAAGAUAUUUCACCAAACCGUCCGAGCACGAUAAUCUAUCGCUGAGUUCCCUGCAGGAGUUCGAGAGUCUCGAGAGCGCGGUAGCGAUGGAAAAUUCGAAGAAACUCCACUGCGGCUCCCAGGAUUCGAUAAACAACGGUAGUUUACCGAGGCGAUACGUCGCCGGGCGCACGGGUCACGGGGACGACGUCUCCUUGUCUUCGUUGAAGGAUUUCGAAGGGCUGGAGUCUGCUUGUCACGAGGCCCACAUAAUCGAGCUACGCGCCAGAGAGGAGGAGGAUCUCCUGGAUCACGAGAGUCCGGAGAAUCGUUACAAAAUGGAGAGUCUGACUCGCACUAGAACGGAAUCUAGCGCGCCGGCGUCCUUCAACCCGAGUACCUCGGGAUCUGAUGAUUACGAGAAGCGUAUCAGAGAGAUAGACGAGAUUAUACGUAUCGCUCAAUCGAACGUGGAAAAGUUCGAUCGUCAGGAUGACACGGCCGACGACAUUUCACAGAUCGAAAUAACGGACAACGAACCGAGGGACGUUAACGCCGCCGACAACAACGUUGUCUCAGCCGGGGUUGCUCAAGGCCGAACCACGGGCACGGAAUCAGGAGUACACGCCCCCGGCGCGAGUCACGAUCAAGUGUACCCGGGUGUUCGCGAUAUCGAAGAACAGCCGAAGGACAAGAACAUUAUGGAAACUAGUACGGAUUCUUUGGAAUUGGACGAGUACGACGCUGGACGCAGGUGUGAUCCUUUGUGCCGGAGUUCAGAUUCGUUGGAAUUGAAGACAGCUUUGGAUAUUCCCUCUCUGAGUUCAGAUUCCCUGAAUAAUGCCCGGGACAGCCGGGAAGCGCAACCGGACACUCUGGAUCGAUUGAGCAACGCGUGCAGGCGAUUAUCUUCUGACUCGCUGGAGAGUGCACCUUUCGCCGAGCACCGCGAGAACAACGUCAGCUGCGGGAACCGGAAUUACGGGGAGCUGAGCGACACCGGAAAUUCCUCCGAAAGACGAAUUUCAGAGAACGAAGCCAGCGGCAGCCUACAGACUAACAUAAGCCUGAAAAACACAUCGUCGAACAACGGGACGUAAGACAAGCAGCGACUCUGUCUCGAUGUUUGAAGGCAGUGGUCUUUGCAAGGACAGCCCGCUGGUUACCGACGCAGUCCACGACGAAAGAAUAUAGUGCAGCCGAAGCUGAUGACGAAGAUUUACAUGCCUAAAAAUCUGAGAACUAUGAUUGCUUUUUCGUAAUCAGUUCUGGCGACACUACUCAAGAACGAUAUACUACCUUAUGUGUACAAUUAUGCUUAUCUCAUUGACACACACACAGCCACCCACAUGCCCAACACGUACCACACACGAACACACACACGCCAUAUGAGGCAUUUCAGAUCAAAGGGGUCACUCCCUCCGAUACAUUUUUUGGAAUUGAUGAAACUUUUUCUCCGUCUCGAGGAGUCUCAGAUACUAGACUCGGACCACUUAUUAACGCCGCGAGUAACGAUGCCCAAAAGCUGCGAUUUAUUAUAAAAAUUGGGAAGUUCGACGUUUCCGCUAUUUCCAAUAUUUCAACGGGAUUUUCUCCGUACCCCUUUGGAUCUUUUCGAUAUUUAGGAGAAAAAUAUGUUUUCAUAUGCUCAUGCAUUUGGACCUCAGGAAUACGAAUCCGUCGAUGAAAUUGAGCUAUGAUUUUUUCCCAUCGAGAUAUCCUUUUUUUUCAUUUUUUGGAUCGAUAAAUUUUAUAGAUAGAUCAAUUUGACUUCGAAAUUCGGGUUUCUGAGAUCAAAAUAUUCAAGAAUACCGUAGAAAACCCUGAAUAAAAAGAAGGUCGGAUUCUGGCCAAAAUUUUGAGUCAAAUUUAAGAUUAUAAGCUUGGCAUUUUUCCGGCCUACAAGGGAACCCGAGCUUUGCUGGAGUCAGGUAGUCAGCAGCGUAGCGCUUUGUUGUGAGACGUCACCUUGGGGGCUGAGCAGAGGUGACGCCCCACAACAAACCGCGCGCCCCGUGGCUACCUAACUCCAGAUAAGCUCGGGCUGGAUACCCCGCUCUCGUAAACCGAGAAAUUCGAAUAUUUCGACCCAUGCAGGAAUUGCGACAAUCCAAAGUGGGUCUACGACUAAAACCACUCGAUAUGUCUCAUAAUUAUUCUGCUUCGAACAGCGAAUAAUUGAUGAUUACU